AUGCCUUUCCACCCGGUGACGGCGGCUUUGAUGUACCGGGGGAUCUACACCGUCCCCAACAUCCUCGCCGAGCAGCGCCCCGUGGAGAUCCCCGAGGACGAGCUGGAGGAGAUCCGUGAAGCCUUCAAGGUGUUCGACCGGGAUGGCAACGGCUUCAUCUCCAAGCAGGAGCUGGGCACGGCCAUGCGCUCCCUGGGCUACAUGCCCAACGAGGUGGAGCUGGAAGUCAUCAUCCAGCGCCUCGACAUGGAUGGUGAUGGGCAGGUGGACUUUGAGGAGUUUGUGACGUUGCUGGGGCCCAAGCUGUCCACCUCGGGCAUCCCAGAGAAGUUCCACGGCACUGACUUUGACACUGUCUUCUGGAAGUGCGACAUGCAGAAGCUGACGGUGGACGAGCUGAAGCGGCUGCUGUACGACACCUUCUGCGAGCACCUCUCCAUGAAGGACAUCGAGAACAUCAUCAUGACUGAGGAGGAGAGCCACAUGGGCACAGCUGAGGAGUGCCCCGUCGAUGUGGAGACCUGCUCCAGCCAGCAGAUCCGACAGACCUGCGUGCGGAAAAGCCUCAUCUGCGCCUUCGCCAUCGCCUUCAUCAUCAGCGUGAUGCUCAUCGCCGCCAACCAGGUGCUGCGCAGCGGCAUGAAGUAG